UAGGCAUAGUUACUUUUCCUGUUUUGAAGUUGACAUUUGCUUUUUUAUCUUUCUAGGGCCAUGAAAUCAUUUAGAUUUUCGUGAAAGUCAUUCUUGGUUGAGGUUAAUAAUAGUUCUUGCUAAAAAUUAUAAGCGAAGCAGCUUAAAGUGGUGUUAAAAUAAUAAUUUGUGAACAAUGAAUACCGAACAAAUCCUCGAAUACGACAUUAAACAAUGUUUAAAAUUGAUAACAGUUGGCAAAGAUAUAGACGUUACUGAAGGAUGGACCAGACUUAAAAAAUUAGAAAGUAAGCCCAUAUAUGAACAGUUAAAUAAUUAUGAGACUAUUUUACGAGAGAUACUCAACGAUGAGAUAAGAAAUGUACAAGAAAUUCCAAAGAUCAUGAUUUGGUUUUCAAAAUAUUUAAUGGAAAAACCAUUUUCUAUUCAUCCAAUAUCAAAUGAUGUUGCAACAAUGUUAAGGAAUACAGAUAUUAAUGAUAUGUCUCAUCUGACAACGAUACUUCAAGUAUUAUUAGAGCACAGUAGCUAUUUACCAGACUCUGUGAGUCAUUCGAAAAUCUGUGAAGCAGUUGUUAUUAGUUUAUCUACUUUUAUAAUGCCAUGUGAUCCAAAAAAAAUUUCUGAAUUCAAUGAAAAUGCUACUAAAGUACAAAACUUCCUAAAAGUAGUAAGGUCAAAGUCUAAAAAUAUUGAAAAUGAUAACUUAAUUUUCAUAUGUUUGCAAACAUUAUAUAGAAUAAUAUCUGAUACAAAACAAAAACAAGAUCCUGGGCCUGGUUUAGCUGCCGUAUUACAAGUGGUAGAACCUUCUAUUAUACCACAAGCUGUUAAUUGGAUUCUUUCAGAAUCUCAGUCUGAUGCCCAAUUAGCUCAAGCUUUAAAAGUUUUAUGUAGUUGGCUUCCAAAAUGGAUAGGUGAUCGACUUAGUAUUUGGAUUAUGGAGUUUAUACUUGGCUUAGAAAAACGACAUAAAUAUUCAAUACUUAUUGAAGUCACAAAAGCAAAGCUUGAUGUAAUGUUUCGUGCUUUAUCAGUACCUGUAUUUCGUCAAAAUGCUUCCAUAAUUAUAUUUUAUAUAUUAAAAAGACAAGGAUCUCCAUCCUUGUUUCAAAAUAUAGUAAGAAACACACAAAUGGUGAUAUCUUUUUUUCUAAUGAAAGAAGAUUCUGAAUCAAGUAAAGAAUGCAUACAAAAUUUGGUUGAUAUCAUGAAGAUACUUACAUUAAGAUUUUCAAAUCAGCGCGUCUGUAAUAAUUUGGAAAGUAGUUUUCCAGUACAGCCACGAAUGCAUAUUGUUAAAGAAGUAUGGAAUGAACAUGUUUGGGUAGAUGAGAUGGAAGAGAUUGAACCAGUAAUUGAAUCACCAAAAACACAUUUGGGAAAAGUUGGACUUUCUAAUCUUGGAAAUACAUGUUAUAUGAAUAGUGUAUUACAAGCAUUGUUAAUGACUAAACAAUUUUGUUACGAAGUAUUAAUGUAUAAACCUAUGAGCAAAGCUGAUGAUCAAGUUGUACUUAAAAAGUUGCAAAAUUUAUUUGCUUUGUUACUAUAUUCAAAGAGGAUUUCCUUGGCACCAACUGAAAUUUUAUUGGCUUCACGUCCUGCUUAUUUUCUACCAGGCCAACAACAAGAUAGUUCAGAAUUUCUCUGUCAUCUUUUAGACCUUUUACAUGAGCAAGAAAAGUCAACUACUAUAAAUGUUGAAGCUAAUAAUUCUAAUCUUAAAUACAAGGAUGACAGAGAGAUAAAUGAUAUUUCAUCAAUAAGCGAAGAAGGAGCUAGUAUUAAGCGCUGGACAACUGAAGAAGAUUUAAGUGGAAGUAUUGUAUUAGAAAGAAAAACGCAAUCAUUAGCAGAUUUUACUCAAGGAGAAGAUUUGGCACAAGUACAACAACUUAGUGAUUCACAUUCAGAUUCCACAGAUAGUGGAAUACAAUCUGUAGGUGGGGAAGAUACAAAUACACAAGUAGCUCUUGUACAUAGAGUAUUAGGUGGAAAAUGUAAAAUCACGUAUCAGUGUGCUCAGUGUGAUACUAGUUCUCAUAAUACAGAUAAAUUUCGUGAUUUACAAUUGUGCUUCCCAGAAGAGAUUCAAGAGAAUCAGGAAGUUUCUGUACAAGAUCUCAUCAACUAUUAUCUUACACCAGAGAAAUUGACUGGUGAAAAUAAAUAUCGUUGCGAUAAAUGUAUGAAGUUAUGCGAUGCACAAAGAAUCAUAAAAAUUUUACAUGCACCAACAUAUUUAAUUUUAAUAUUAAAACAUUUUCGUUAUGAUUUCGAUACCAGAUUAAGAACGAAAUUACGUCAUAAAGUGAUGUACAAUGAAACUAUACAAAUGCCGGUAUCUACACCACUGUGCACAUCUACAGAAAGUUAUCAGUUGUAUGCAGCUGUUGUUCAUUCGGGUUAUAGUAUGGACUAUGGCCAUUAUUUUACUUAUGCUCGCGAUUCUAAACAAAAUUGGUACAAAUUUAAUGAUAGUUAUGUUUCACAAACGACGUUUAAUGAUUUUAAAGAUCUGAAACCACCAGACACACCGUAUAUAUUAUUUUAUGAAAAAAGUGUGCCGUUUGAAGGACUUUAUGACGAAGAUAAACCUGAAUUAUCAACAUUAAGUAAACAUUUACAAGAAUUGGUGGCAAACGAUACUACAGCUUAUAUCGAGGAAUUGAGACAUCAAGCCGAAAAACCUCAACGUGGACGACAUAAUUCAAUGUUAUUUCGGAAGAACGAGAAUUCCGAUGAUGAAAACCCUCCACCUAGUAACUGUCGGGGUGCAAUUAAUAUGCCUGCGAGUCGUUUCCUUUAUUAAGUUAUUUUAACAUUUGAAUAUUAUAUUCUUUUAUAAAAUUAAUUGAAUAUUCCAGGUAAAUUUGUAAUACAUUUUCCUUAUGUUAGUAAGAAAAACAGAGUUCCUUUAUAAGUACAGUGCUAUUAUACCAAUUGGUGUAAAUUGGUUGUUGCUGUAUAUGUCUAUAUGUUUAGGACAAAUUUGUAUAUGAUUGUAUAUUUUGCAAUUGUUUUCAAUAUUUAAGUAAUAUAUCGAAAAAAUUGUUAACAUUAAUAUUGCAAUAUCAAAACAUUGUAAAGUAUAUAUAAUGAGUAUUCGCGAAUAGUACUUAGCACUUGUUUCUUACAAAUUUGUUUUUAAAAAAACAAAAUGUCAAUGAAUCAGUUUAUAAAAUUACGAAAAGAAGAAUUAUUACAUUGUUGUUAUUGGAAAGUGUAUUAUAAAAUUGUGAUGGAAAGCGAAUACAAACUCAGUAUUUUAUAAGAAGUUUAAUGUAAUUGGCUGUGUUUUUACAUAGUGUAUGCAUACAGGAAACAGUAUUUACGUAAUAUUCGAAAUACUAUCAAUUUUAUAAUCAUACUUUUGUCACGUUUUCGCACACAAUGAUUUGAUACCAACUUGAACAAAUGCCUUUUGUCGUGUAAAAAAUACACGUGUUAUGUGUUAAACAAUUUUGUAUUAACAUUCAUUCUGGCUUUUAACAUUCAUUAUUUGUAAAUUGAUAAAUAUAUUGUACAUACAUUUAUAACAGACUUGACAAAUGGUAGUUGUAUUUACAUAAUUGUUAUAAAAUUAGUUAAUGGGUUUGAAUUUCUGUUAGUCGUGGUUAGAAUUGUAAAAUUAAAAGAAAAGUAUAAGAAUAAUAGCAGCUAUAUCAUUGUAAAUAUAUAUAUUUUAAUUGUAAUUAUCUUAAAGAGAAAAACUCCAAGCAUUACAAAUCUGUGAUAAAUUUAUACUGUCAAAUUGAUAUAUUCAUUUCUUAGCUCAGUAUUCAACAGAUAAAAGAUACACUAUCUAUCUUAAUUUAUAAUUGAAAUACUGUAGUGUACAAUAUUUACUAGGUUUUAUGUAUUUAUACAUUUCUUUAGACUGGGCAUGAAUAAAUUAUUCAAAAAUAUCCUUUUGUUGUAGACUUAAUAAGUUGUAUUUAUUGUUCGUUUAAUAUCUGUUGUUCUGGGAAACAACACAAAGAGAAUACAUUAAUAUUAUGUCUACUUACAGGGUAAAAAAUAAACAUUCGAUUAAAAUUUUAUCGCAUAAUUAUAUUGUAAUUAUUAAUGAGAUUAUUUGCGUGUGGUGCAGCCACUUUCUGUUCAUUAGUUUAAUAAUAUAGUAAUGUAAAUUACGUGUGAAAGACUCACUAAACUAUAGUUAGAAAUAAUAAAACGAUAACCUAUGAUCAA